AUCAAAUUUUUUUUUUGCGAAGUCGUUGGAUCCAUUGAGGAGGGAAAACAAAACAAUAACAGCUGAAAGAAACAUUAAAAACAUGUUUCUUGAACAGUUUCUGUAAACUUUAGAUUUGUUGUCACUGAAAAAAAAUCAUCUUUCAACUCAGACAAAUUAUUCAUGGCUUCGUUGAAACUUCCAGAGGUUGUUCCUUCUCCUACACAGGACUCUGAACGUCUUAGAAAUGCUUUCCAAGGAAUUGGAACAGAUGAAAAGGAACUAAUCUUGGUAUUAGGACAUAGAAAUGCUCAACAAAGGAAGGAAAUCAGAGAAACUUAUCACCAAAUUUACAAAGAAUCCCUCGUCGAUAGUCUCCAAUCUGAACUCUCCGGUGAUUUUAGAAAUGCUAUAGUUCUUUGGACUUGCGAUUCUUCAGAAAGAGAUGCAAAACUAGCAAGAGAUGCAUUGAAGGCUAAAAGAAAAGGGAUCAAACAGCUGCAGAUUCUGGUCGAAAUAGCGUGCGCGACGAGUCCUAAUCAUUUGAUGGCUGUGAGACAGACUUACUGCGCUCUCUAUGAUUGCUCACUCGAGGAGGACAUUAUAGCAUCGGUUUCUCCGCCUCUCACAAAAAUUUUAGUGGGACUAGUAAGCUCCUACAGGCAUGAUAAAGUAACCGUAAAUUCGGAGGUUGCAAAAUCGGAGGCAGAAAAACUACAUGAAGCCAUAAAAAAUAAGCAAUUGGAAGACGAUCACGUUGUUUGGAUACUUUGCACGAGGAAUUUUUUUCAGCUCCGCGAAACAUUCACGUGCUACAAGCAACUCUAUAACAAUACAUUCGAAGAGGACAUAAAAGUUUGUGGUAAAGGUGAUUUGGCUUCGCUUUUGAAUGUCGUAGUAUGGUGCAUAGACCGCCCCGAGAAACAUUUCGCAAAGGUUAUAAGGGAUUCUAUUGUCGGGUUUGGAACCGAUGAAGAUUCACUCAACAGAGGCAUUGUAACUCGAGCUGAAAUCGAUCUGUUGAAAGUCAGAUUUGAAUAUGCUAACAUGUUCAAAACAAAUCUUGACGAUGAUGUUAUUGGAGAUACCUCAGGAGAUUACAAAGAGUUUUUGUUGACAUUGCUAGGGAAAGGACCAAAGGGAGACUAAUACACCAUUUGAGGUUCCUUGUAAUUUGCAUUGGAUUGUUUAAAUUUCUUAGUACAUGUUACUAUAAUUCAGAAGAAUCAGAAAUGAAAGAUGAAACUAAAACUA